AUACCUAUGUUCUCCUCUUCACCUCCAUUGUAGCACCAAGUGAGUCACCAAUAGAGAGAAAGGGAACUCCUUGAGUACUAAAAGAGAGUGAGAGAGAAAUGGCAGCUGAUAAGGCUGUGGAGACCGUGAUAGUGGGGAAUUAUGUAGAGAUGGAGACCGAAGGGAAGCCACAGGAUGUCAAAACAAGGCUCUCCAAGUUCUUCUGGCAUGGAGGUUCUGUCUAUGACGCUUGGUUUAGCUGUGCUUCUAAUCAGGUGGCUCAAGUUUUGCUUACACUUCCAUACUCAUUUUCCCAGCUGGGGAUGCUCUCGGGCAUUCUGUUUCAGCUCUUUUAUGGCUUGAUGGGAAGCUGGACGGCUUAUCUUAUUAGUAUACUCUAUGUAGAAUAUAGAACUAGAAAAGAAAGAGAGAAAGUUGAUUUCAGAAACCAUGUUAUUCAGUGGUUUGAAGUUCUUGAUGGGCUCCUUGGGAAACACUGGAGGAACGUGGGUUUGGCGUUUAACUGCACUUUUCUUUUGUUUGGAUCUGUGAUUCAACUCAUUGCCUGUGCAAGCAACAUAUAUUACAUAAAUGACAAUCUGGACAAGAGGACUUGGACUUACAUCUUCGGGGCUUGCUGUGCAACUACAGUUUUCAUUCCUUCAUUUCACAACUACAGAAUUUGGUCUUUUCUUGGCCUCGUGAUGACAACUUACACGUCUUGGUAUCUCACCAUUGCUGCUCUCCUCCAUGGCCAGGUGGAAGGAGUGAAACAUUCAGGCCCAACCAAGCUGAUGUUAUAUUUUACAGGAGCCACAAACAUUCUCUACACAUUUGGAGGACAUGCUGUUACUGUGGAAAUAAUGCAUGCUAUGUGGAAGCCCCAAAAGUUCAAGGCCAUAUACUUACUGGCGACUCUCUAUGUUUUGACACUGACACUGCCCUCGGCAUCAGCUGUCUAUUGGGCAUUUGGGGACAUGCUUCUUAAUCACUCCAACGCUUUUGCCCUUUUCCCCAAAUCACCCUUCCGAGACAUGGCUGUCGUUUUAAUGCUCAUCCACCAGUUUAUUACAUUUGGAUUUGCAUGCACCCCAUUGUAUUUUGUAUGGGAGAAAGCCAUAGGACUGCAUGAGUGCAAGAGUUUAUGCAAAAGAGCAGCAGCAAGACUGCCUGUGGUCAUCCCCAUAUGGUUCUUGGCCAUUAUCUUCCCAUUCUUUGGACCCAUCAACUCCACUGUUGGAUCCCUUCUGGUCAGCUUCACCGUCUACAUCAUCCCAGCCUUAGCCCAUAUCUUUACCUUCAAAUCAGCCGCUGCCCGAGAGAAUGCGGUGGAGCAGCCACCGAGGUUCGUCGGGAGAUGGAUUGGCACGUACACGAUCAAUGUGUUUGUGGUGGUGUGGGUUCUGGUGGUUGGGUUUGGGUUCGGAGGGUGGGCAAGUAUGAUCAAUUUUAUUCACCAAAUUGACACGUUCGGGCUCUUUACAAAAUGUUACCAAUGCCCACCACAAACACUGCCGCCACCGCCUUCACCUCAUACUCUCAAUGCCACAGCGCCUCCGCCUCUCCACCACCCUGCCAUGAAUCACACUCAUCACAGCCAUUGAUUUGGCACCCAAAAGAGUACGAGCUGACAAAGUGCCCCCACAAAUUGCAACCAUUAAUGGUGUCUUCAGCUGUUCAGAUUAUAGACAGAGAAGAUAAGUUGGAGUUUAAUCAAAGCUAUAAAUAUAAAAUGUAUUUGGCUAGUUAUAAAGUCAGUGAUUAUCUUUUCCCAUCUGUUUCCUUUGUUAAGAUUACUGAGUUUGUUAUGCCUUUCAAGGGUAAGAAAAUAUUGUCUCCAGAACUGGAAAAUUGUACUCUUAGCUAUGUAUGCAAAAUGCCUAUUUUUCCUUCUA